CUGGAUUUUGAGCAGGAAAUGGCUACUGCUGCAUCCUCCUCCUCCUCCUUGGAGAAGAGCUAUAAGCUGCCUGAUGGGCAGGUGAUCACCAUCGGCAAAGAGCACUUCCGGUGUCCAGAGGCGGUUUUCCAGCCCUCCUUCCUGGGAAAGGAGUCCUGUGGCAUCCAUGAGACCACCUUCAACUCCAUCAUGAAGUGUGACGUGGACAUCCGUAAGGACCUGUAUGCCAACACAGUGCUGUCUGGUGGCACCACCAUGUACCCAGGCAUUGCUGACAGGCUGCAGAAGGAGAUCACAGCCCUGGCUCUCAGCACAUUGAAGAUUAAGAUCAUUGCUCCCCCUGAGCGCAAGUACUCAGUCUGGAUUGGCGGCUCCAUUCUGGCCUCGCUGUCCACCUUCCAGCAGAUGUAGAUCAGCAAGCAGGAGUAUGACGAGUCAGGC